AUAGCUGGAAGGGGGCUGAGCCAUGGGCUGGAUAUAAAUGCUUUCAAACUGAGCGAAGAGCAGUGCAACGUUGAUGUGAGUAAUACCUUUCGUGAAGAAACGGAUGGUCUGGUGCGAUGAUCUAAACCCCAGUAAAACAGGGAGCGGAGGGGCGCAUCUUAAGUCAGUCACAGACGAACUUCCUUAUGUGACUCCAGUGGCUGUUUAUGGACUUUAGUAAGCUGCUGCGCCUGGGAAUCUCUGAAGGCUCUUCUCGCAGAGCUGUUGAGACUGGCUGAAACGGCGCAGUCAUGCUGGCCCUGUUCUGCUUAAUGGACUAAGGACCUCCACAGAUGUUACCAAAAUGUGUCGGAGAGGAAGGGAAGCAUGGUUGCUUCAAUCUGUACAUAAUUUUAUUUGAGGAAUCAUCUGUUUCACACCCUGGGACUCAAAUAAAAAGAAAGGUGAUGACCUUGAUGGUGCCAUGUGAAUGACCUUAGACCAUGAAGCCCACACGCAAGCUGCUGUUUGUCCUGUGUGCCUUGCUGGUGCUGGGCUUUAUUUACUACUCUUCUUGGAAGCUACAUCUAUACGUAUGGGGACAGAAUCCUCAGAAAGAUGCAGAGGAGACGUCUGUAGCGCUGACUAAAGGUGCUGAAGUGAAAAGAAUUGCAGAGCUGGAAAAUGAUAUCAACGUUGGACGAAUAGUAAGCUCAGGGUACGAUAAGCAGGGCUUUCUGCUGCAGCUGGAAACGAAACUGCCACCGGAGUUGGCAUACAAGUAUGGCAACCUCAGCGAAGGGGUCUGUAAACCAGGAUAUGCAACAGCCAAAAUGACAUCCAUCUACCCUAAGUUUGUGAAACUAGCACCCAUGUUCCUCGACCGGAACUUCAAACAACACACAAAAAUCAAAAACUACCCGCCUCCAUUUGGCAUCAAAACUCAAGAGAGAAUAAUCGACAACAUUUUAACUGAAACAAGAAGUUUUGGACUCGGGGAGGACCUCGACAGUCUCAGCUGUAAAAGAUGCAUCAUAGUGGGAAACGGGGGGAUCCUGUACAAUAAGUCUUUGGGCUCCCGUAUAGAUGAAUAUGAUGUUGUUGUGAGGUUAAACGGAGCCCCAAUAGCUGGUUACAAAAGAGAUGUAGGGACCAAAACCACAUUGAGGAUUACCUACCCAGAGGGAGCAAUCCAGAAAUCUGAACACUAUGAAGGCGACUCACUCUUCGUCUUUUCUGCUUUCAAACCAAUUGAUUUUAAGUGGCUGAGAAACAUGGUCUUCAAGGAAAAACUGAUAGUAGAACACAGUGGAAGACGGAAGUGUAGAAGUGACAGGGGAAAUAAAUGGAUGCAGAAUACAAAGGUAGUGAUCAAGAUGAAAAAAGGGAUAAAGUACAAGAUUCUCAAGAAAAAGAAUCGUAUGGAGGGCUUCUGGAAGUCUGUAGCGCAGCAUGUGCCUCGGAAGCCAGCUGAAAUGAGGAUCCUCAACCCAUACUUCAUCCAAGAGGCUGCAUUCCAGUUCAUAGGCCUGCCAUUUAACAAUGGUUUAAUGGGGAAAGGGAACAUUCCAACUUUGGGAACAGUUGCUAUAACCAUGGCACUACAUAACUGUGACGAGGUGGCGGUGGCUGGCUUUGGCUACGACAUGACCGCUCCUCAAGCACCUCUGCACUAUUAUGAGAGCGUCAAGAUGUCUGCCAUUAAAGAGUCUUGGACACACAACAUAGCCAAGGAGAAGGAGUUCCUCCGCAAGCUGGUAAAGGCCAACGUUAUCACAGAUCUCACCAAAGGUAUCUGAGUUUACACCCAACUCCAGCCGCCUUCCGCCAUUUCUGUCGGAACAACGAACUGAAAGCUGGAUUGACUCAUGGAGCAGAGAACCACCCCCACCACCCCCUUAAGAAAGGCCUGCUCACUGCCGGGGGUAGAAGGGGAUAACUAUCAAAGAAGUUUCUAAGAGUUUUGAUGAAAGAUGCACUCAUGUGCCUUCAGAACCAAAGACCCCUGCUCAUCAAAGCGGGGGCAGAACAGGCUGCAGGAGGAUUGGAUCUGCCUGGCACCUGUUGAAGUAUUGCUGUGCUGGGCCCAUCACUAUAAAGUAUCACACACCUGAAGCGGAAUGGUAACAGUGAGAGGACAGUUGAAGGAAUGAAGCGAAACUGAACGUGUGGGGGAUGGGUCGAGUAUUAGCAGUGCCAAAUGUACCUCGCAAAGGGGAGCAGACCCCCCCUCUCCUGUUUUGUCUGAAUGUAUCCUCUGUAAAUAUCAAAGAUUUGUACUGUGCUUUUUACCAAGCUGCAGUAGCUCCAUGAUCACAUCCACUUCCUUCCGUUCAUUCACUCAUGAAUUCAUUCACUCAUCUAUUCAUCCUUUUCUGUGUUCAAGUGUAACUCCUUCCAUGCCCACUGGCAUCACACCACCUGCUACAUAAAGCAGCAAAAUCAUAAGAACGGAGCUCCACGAAAGAAGGCAUAGUGAGGGGUAUGGACUAGGGGUUGCACGACUUCAUAUUUGUUGAAGUUGAUGUUAUGGUAAAACUUGAGUCGACAUCGACUAGUCACUGUGAUGUCAUAGAAACACAAGAGAAAAUGCUUCACAUUAGCUUACAGGCAGUCUUAGACACACAACAUGUCCAAGGAGAAGGAGUUCCUCCGCAGGAAUAUUUGUCAAUAUUCACAGCAGAUAUUGACAAAAGACCACUUAGACAGAAACUGUCAGAUCCUCCGAAUGCAGCUUGAACUACAUCUCCAGAUGUUGUCAUAAUAUUUUUCUAAGCGUAAAACCAUUUUUUAAAAAAGAAAAACAAAAGGGACAGAAGACAUGUGGCAAGGAACAGAGGCUGCCGUCUGCGGCCUCUGUAUGCGGGGUGUCUGCUCUAAUCACAGCACCAUUUGAUGGCCCUAUUCCGGUACCUCUGUGGUAAAUUAGUUUGGAUUGUAUUUUUAUACAAUUCAAACUAUCUGACAAAUUCACAUAGUUUCUUAUUUUUCUUCUUCUUGGAAGUGUCAGUUUUGUCACAUGAUUGUGAUUAGUCAACUAGCCACCUAAAGGAACACGGCAGAAUAAGGAAUCAACUAGUUGGUGCAACCCCUAGUUUUAGCCCUUUGCAGCUGCGUCACCUCAUCAUGUUGAGGCGCCAUGACGGAUAUAGAAAGUGAGAGACGGGAGCAUUGAACAGAAUUAUGAUUGUUUUCCCAAUUUUAUUUUUGCUAGAAUAACAAAAAAAUAUUGUGCUUCUUCUUUUUCUAGUCAGGCUUAUCACAACAAGUUUGGAUUCCCUUCCUUCAGUUUGUUAUGCCUGUGUGCAGCACUCUGACCAUUUUUAAAGUGCAACCAACAACAUGAAAGUGACAUUAGGUUACCAACUAUGUUUUUUAACAAACUUUACAGGAGUUACCAUGUGGGUAGGUUGUUUUGACGUCCGUCAUGGCGGAGUGUUACGCUUUCUGAAGAGCGUGUCGUCACAGUUAUCCAAAGACAAAAGUUUGGAAACUGAAGUAAAUUAAUUUCCAUGUUUUUUCAUCACUGAAUUGAACCAGAAAUCUGAACAUUUCUCACUCUCAAGGACAAGUCUGUUCUUAUUGGAAGACCCUUCCUAUUGCAGAUUCAUUAUUUAAAAGAAUUCCCUGUCACUUCUCCAGAGCAUUUAGCCUAUAUAUAUCAAUAUCUACUUUUAGCCACAUAUCUGAAAGGUUAGACACCAUCAACAUCCAAUACUGAAGAGUUACAACUUAGCACUAAGGUAUGUCUUUGUUUAAUGAAGAAACUGUAACGAUAUCUAUUAUGAUUUGAUUCAUAUCUUCAUCACUGCAUCCCAACCAGAUCAGUAAGGGGCUCCACUCUGCUCACCGAUAAGACGCAUGUUUCAACUCCCCUACUGCUGCAGGUUUUGUGUUCUUUAUUAAAUGGUAAAAUCUUGGUUUGUAGAAAAUAAAUAUGUAUGUAUUUUUUGUUGUUGGGUUGAUUUUGCCUGCGACAGACUGGCGACCUGUCCAGGUUGUACCCCGCCUGUCGCCCGGAACGUUAGCUGGAGAUAGGCAGCAGCACCUCUCCCGAUCCCAUUAGGGACAAGGGUGUUAGAAAAUGGAUGGAUGGGUUGAUUUUGAUUAUUUAUUUUGUUACCAAAUCCCCUUUCCGUGGUCACAGGUUGACCUGCUUCCUGUUGCAAGCAAAUACGAGCAGCUUUGAGUUUGGGGAAUCUCGAUUCCCGACUGUGCUUCCUGAAGACACUUGAUGCAUUCUGAUGGAACCCAUGUGUGUUCCAGGUGUUCCGCUGCAGUAGAGAGAAAAAUUGAAGGAAUCUGAGGUUGAUGGAGCUCCAGUUGACUCAGUACUGAUCUGAUCUGUGCGUUCUGGCAGGUUCUGCUUCACCUCAGUAUUUUAAAAGAAACUGUCAUGUUGUCACAAUCAAAAAAUCUUUUAUUUGUUUCCACUGAACAUCUACAAUUGUUGUUUGUUUGAAUGCUUUAAUCAGCUUACAUGGCAUGUCAGGACUGCUUUUAUAAAGCAAUCUGUCUGUUUUCAGGUUCAGCUGGUGUUUGGUACAUUGUUUACACCACUUCACAUUGUCUCCUCUCAAUCACUAUGCUCUUGCUGCGUCUGUUGUCUGAAUAUUUUGUUCAGUUUCAUGUGGCAGUGUGUACUCUGUGGUGUUCGGCGUAGGUCCUGGAUUGGACUGUGUUUAGAACAAAGGUACAAUUCUAAACUGUGACCUUUGAACCGUCACAGUGCCAUCAUUGGGGACCGCAGUUGACUCAGUAUGCGAGGCUUGAAUGGGGCGGAGCGCUUAGCAUAUCUGCAGCAGGUCUGUUGAUGAACUGGUGGUGUCUUUAGCUCGUAUGUUACAAAUUGAAGCUCUGCAAACGGGGUUUCUGUUUUGUGCCUUUUUAUAGAUGGAAACAGGAGCAGGAGGAAUGAGAACAGAGGUCAGAGCGCAGUCUCCUCAGACUCCCCGGUAUUGGCUCUAAAUCUGACAAGUUCCCUAAAACCAACCAAACGUCCAUCACCUUCUGCAAAGCUCUGACCUCUGAAGAGUUAGCUUUUCCCAAUAUCAAAUUAUGGAUGAGUUUAUAUGGAUUGAAUCUGAAUCACCCCUCCACUGUACCCCCACCAAUCAUGGAUUGUCUCUGAGGUGGAAUGUAUUUGCUUGAUUUUUUUUUUUCUGAUCAUUAUAUUUAUAAAUCCUUAUUUUUCAACAUUGCAGCAUAAGUGGAAAGUGAAGAAUCAAGUAUUUCUCUUUUUGUACAGUUAUACAGUUCUGUAUAACAGCUUUAAACGAUUCAAUAAAAAAGUUCAAACACA